AUGCCCGUGCUAGGCUUUGGCGUCGCAUAUGGUUUCGACAAGCCAAUCGACACUCGUUUGGUGACCACGCCAGCGGUUCUCGAGGCCUUCAAGGCCGGUUACCGUCACAUCGACACGGCACGUAUGUACAACAACGAAGAGAAAGUUGGUGAAGCAGUCCGUGAGAGUGGACUGAAGAGAGAAGAGCUCUUCCUCACCACAAAGAUUGAUAGCGCCGUACAUGGUUAUGAAAGCGCAAUUAGAAGUAUAAAUGCGUCGCUGAAAGGUCUCGGCCUUGACUAUGUGGACCUCUUUCUCAUCCACGACGCGAACUCUGGCAAACAACGACGCCUGGAGACCUACAAAGCCUUGCUCGAGGCAAAAGCGGACGGCAAGAUCCACAGCGUGGGUGUCUCCAACUACGGAGUCAAGCAUCUAGAAGAGAUCGCCGCAGCUGGCUAUGAGCCCCCUUCCGUUAAUCAGGUCGAGCUGCAUCCCUUCUGCCAGCAGAAGCCGAUUGUCGCAUACUGCCAGGCCAACAAUAUCGUCGUUCAAGCAUAUUGCCCCAUCGUUCGCGGUAAGAUGGAUGACCCCGUCAUCCAGGACAUCGCACAGAAAUACAACAGGGAUCGAGCACAGAUACUCAUACGAUGGUCGCUGCAGCAUGGAUUCGUUCCGCUGCCCAAGUCCUCGCAGCCUGAGCGCAUAAAGUCCAAUGCCCAAGUCUUUGACUUUGCUCUUGCAGACGAGGAUAUGGCCCGGCUUGAUGCACUUGACCGCGGCAAGGCUGGCGCGAUUAGCUGGAAUCCAGUCAAUGUAGAUUGA